CCCGCGGACCAGCUGCUGCGGAUGAAAAGAUACAGCACGCGGACAGUGCCUCCGUUAAGACGACGGGAGCGGACACGGCGGAUGACUCUGACUCUGCCAAAGCCCCCGAGCUGCCGGUUGACUCUGCGGAUGACUCUGCCAAAUCCACCGAGCGGCCGGUUGACUCCGCGGUUGACUCUGCGCCCGCCGAUAGCUCCGACUCGGAGAAGGACGAUGACGCCGAUGACGAGAGUGCUGAUGACGUCGAGGUGCUGGAUGACGCCAAGCCGAAGUCAGCCGAGGAGGGGGCGGCGAGCGGCGCAGACGCCCAUCCGUCCAGCGCUCCCACUACGCCGUCCACCAAGCGGAUCGUCGUCACCAAGAAGAAGACGCCCAAGCAGCUGGAGCGGGAGCGCAUCAGAGCCAAACGGGAACAGGAGAAACUGGAGGAGAAACAACGCCGCAGAGAAGAGAAGCAACGGAUAAGGAAAGAAAAGCAUGAACAAAAGGAAAAAGAGCGCAAAGAGAAGGAGGAGAAACGAGAGAAGGAACGUAAGGAGAAAGAAGAGAAGAAAGAAAAAGAACGUCAAGAGAAAGAAAAGGAGAAGCUGGAGAAGCAAAGACAAAAGGAAGCGGAGAAACAGAAACUGAUCGACGAGAAAAGACAGGCCAAAGAAGAGGAGAAGAAUCGAAAAGAAGAGGAGAAGCGCAAGGCCGAGGAAGAAGAGCAAAGAAAACUCCAAAAGGCCAAGUCGAUGUUCUCCAGCUUCUUCGUGAAGAAGCCGCCCAAGGAAGCUGAAGCAGAACAGGAAGAACAGAAGGAUGACGAUAACAAGCUAUUCCAGGAGUUCAGGGUGAAGGAAGACAUGGUGCUGGCGCCGGGCGCGCGGACCGCCCUCUCGGCCGGCCAGAGCAGCCAGCUCGAGCGGGCGCUGGCGGCGCCGGAGCGGCCGCCGCGCGACCGCCUGUACCUGUCUGAGCUGCGCUCCGGCCGCCGACAGCCGCAGAGUCGCAGCCGCACCCUGCCGCCGCUGCAGAAGGACCUCGAGAUCAUCGAAGAGGAUGAGGACGAGGAACGCGAACUGGACGGACUGGGACAGAACAUCGACCUCUCGACGGCGGCCGCUACGGCCCGUAAACUGCGCUACAAGCUGCUCAUGUUCCACGAGAACCGCCGGCCCGCCUACUGGGGCACCUGGAGCAAACGGUGCCCGGUGGUCAGCGGGCGGCGGCCGCUCGGCAAGGCCGAGAUUCUCAACUACGAGGAGGACUCAGACGAUGACUGGGAAGAGGAGGACCCCAACGGAGAGAGUCUCAGCGGAUCGGAAAAGGAGGUGGAGUCUGAGGAUGAUUACGAAGUGGACAACGAGUAUUUCGUGCCUCACGGCUACCUCAGUGAUGAAGAGAUGAAGGAUGAAGAGGAGAUGAUCUCGCCGGAGGCUCAGAAGGCGCGCCUGAAGGAGAAGGGCGAGGAGUUUGAGAAGGAAAUGAAGAAGAAGACGACGGCGCUGAAGCCGCGCCUCAUCGGAUGCGUCUGGAGGGACGACACUAACACUGAUCCCAUGUUCCAGCAGCUGCUGAAGCUGCUGCGGCCGUUCGCCGUUCGCGCUCUCUCCACCCUGCCCGUACCGACCGUGGCGAGUGGAGAGGUGGCCAGCACACCCCUGGCCGGCCCCUCGCCCUCUGAAACGCCCGCCUCCUCGGCGCAGACCGGCCUGAAGUUCCUCAAGAAGUUCCCCAGCGAAGCACUGCUGCCUCUGGCGCGUCUCGUCCACGGCAGCACGCGCGGAAAGCCGUUCUUGGUGCGCGAGUUCGCCGCCUUCUGGAAAAGGCGCGUGCACGGCGGCUCACCGCGGAAGGCUGAUCCGGCGGCAGCAGCGGCGGCGGCUGGCCAGACCCCACCGUCGACCACCGAGGGCACACCCACCGGUGGCCCGCUACUCUCCAAGAAGAAAAUCGAGGAUAAGCUGGUGGCCAUCGCCUCGUACACCCGGUGCACAGCGGAGGGCCCGCUGCAGGGCCGCUGCUGCUGGAUGGUCAAUGAUGACGUUCUGGCCUCGCUGGGGGUGGAGCUGCCCCUACCCAGCCAGUGGAAGUGGAUCACCAAGACGGCGGCGCGGAAGUCCAAGGGCGCGACUCCAGGUGUGUCCCCCACGGUGGCGGGGGCGGAGGUGGCGACAGUACCCACGCCGGAGCGGGCCCGUGCAGCCACCUCACUCAUCACGAAGUUCGCCAAAGUGGUGACGGCGGAGCAGGCGCGCAGCGAGCUGCUCAGCCCGCCGCCGGCCAAGCGGAAGAUCGUGCCGACCAAGCUGAUCUCGCCUCAGGGGCCGGCGGCGGGCCAGCCGGCCCAGCCGGGUAUCGCCAACUUCUUCAAGGCGAGUCCGUCCACCAGCGGUGGCUCUGCGGGGCCGUCCACCAGCGCCGCGGCGGGUGGCACACCGAAGCGGCGCGUGCCGUUGACGACGGUGGGACCACGGCCGGGCCCGUCGGGCGUCUCGCCGGCCGCCCCCGCCCCCGCUCCGGGUCGGCGGCUGACCAUCACUCCGGUGUCGGCGGCCCAGCCGACGGCAGCGCGACGGCUGACUCCCACGGCCGUGACGGCCGGCCAGCCGACGGCGCGCCGGCUGAUACCGACGCCGGUGACGGCCGGCUCCGCCUCGACUUCCGCUGUAACCCCCGCUCCUUCCUCCGCGCAGACCUCUGGACCGACCUCCGCCCCCGGACCGGCUCAGACCAGGGCGCCCGAGUCGGCCCCUCGCAAGAUAACUCUGAGAUCUCUGCCUCGUGGCUUGCCGCUGGCGAGAGCCGCCGCUGCGCCCGUCCCUGCCGCUGCGGCUACGGACGCUCCAGCUGCUGCCGCCGCUCCAACGAAAGCUGUCCCCGCUCCGACGAAAGCCGCCUCAUCCUCUGGAGACGUAGAAAUGAUUACACUGGACUGAGCGUUACGCUAUGAGUGGACAAGGUGAGGUAUUUGUUGCCAUGGAGCGGUGAAAAAGACUUGUGCUUCGUCCGACUAGGCCGAUAAAAGUCGCGGACAGCGCACUGCGCGAGGGGACGCUAGUGAGAAUCGGAUGGACGUUAGAUGACCAAGUGUGAACGCUAGGGGUACCUUGUCUUGUGUGGAUGAACUAGGACUAGUAGCCGAGUUAUACUGAACUUUUGAGCGCAAGUGCAAACUGAAUGAUCGAGCCUGGAGGAAAGAAUGCUGUUCCCGUAAGAUUGUGGGCCUCGUGGUUUUCGUGAAUGAACUUAAAGGCUCGCAUUGCAUGUGAGACUUCCUUUAUGCUAACGUUCGAUCUGGUUAAAUGUCCUGAAUAUGUCGUUUUGUCCCUACCAGUAGCUUUGUAGAGAUUGCUGGUUCUUUUAAUCGAGAAUGUGAGUCGGAAUUUUUCCGCCUCGGUGUGUGCGGUCGUAGUCGGUCUUUUAGUCAAGCCACUCGAGUAUCUCGGUGUUCUUGUAGGAACUUAUUCUUCGAGAGUUUAUUGCCGUUUUCAAUACAUUCUGAUCCAUCA